UCAACCUACACCGACCCGCCGAACAAAGCUCAAAAGGUUAAACCCUCACCAUCGACUAGGGUUUUCUCUACACAACCUCUCUGAUCCGAGUCUGAGUCCUCGCCACCAUGCCGCAAGGAGAUUACAUCGAGCUUCACAGGAAGAGACAUGGCUUCCGCCUUGAUCACUUCGAGCGCAAGCGCAAGAAGGAGGCUCGCGAAGUUCACAAGCGCUCUGAAUAUGCCCAGAAGGCUCUGGGUAUUAAGGGCAAGAUGUUCGCGAAGAAACGUUAUGCGGAGAAGGCUCUGAUGAAGAAGACACUGGCUAUGCACGAGGAAUCAUCCACCAGGCGCAAGGUGGACGAUGAUGUUCAUGAAGGAGCUGUUCCUGCCUAUCUGUUGGAUCGUGAGAACACAACACGAGCAAAAGUUCUUAGCAAUACAAUUAAGCAAAAGAGGAAAGAGAAAGCUGGGAAAUGGGAAGUUCCUCUGCCCAAGGUGAGGCCUGUCGCUGAAGAUGAAAUGUUCAAAGUGAUCAGAACUGGCAAACGAAAGACCAAGCAAUGGAAGAGAAUGGUCACGAAAGCCACAUUUGUGGGACCUGGUUUUACAAGAAAACCUCCCAAGUACGAGCGCUUCAUCCGUCCUUCAGGUUUACGGUUCACCAAAGCUCAUGUGACACACCCUGAACUCAAAUGCACUUUCAAUCUCGAGAUAAUCGGAGUAAAGAAAAAUCCUAAUGGUCCAAUGUAUACCUCUCUUGGCGUGAUAACAAAGGGAAGCGUCAUUGAGGUGAAUGUCAGUGAGCUGGGUCUGGUUACACCAGCUGGGAAAGUUGUCUGGGGGAAAUAUGCUCAGGUGACAAAUAACCCCGAGAAUGAUGGUUGUAUAAACGCUGUUCUGCUUGUCUAGGAGGGUUACUGACAACAGGAGACGUUGGUGAGAACAUCAAGAUGUCUUAAACAGGGUUCUAACCUCAAAACAGGACUUCUGUGUCUUCUUUAUCUGUAACCUAAUUACGAGAUGUAUGGAUGAUACAAUUUUGUUUCUGUUUAUCUUUCAAAUUCAUUUAUUAUUGCGCUUACUA